AUGAUGUCUAAUGAAAAAUGUGGUAGUAAGAUUCAUGUAUUUGUUAUAAACAAUGUUAAUAGUAUUGAAAAAGAGAAAAAAGACAUAGAUAAAGAAGAAAACAAAAAGGAAAUAGAGAAAAAUAUUGAGGUAAAUGAUGAUGAAAAUAAAAGUGAUGAUACAAUUAAUUCUAAUGAAAAUAAUUUAAAUAGAAAAAAAGAGGAAAUUAUUACACAUAAAAUAUAUUAUCCUCAAGUAAAAAUAGUGAAAGUAAGUUGUGGAAAAUCAAUAAUUGGCUUUUUAUCUAUUGUUGGUAAAAUAUAUUGUUGGCAUUUAAAUAAUUUUAAUGAUUUUGAUAAAAAUGUGCCUUAUUUACUAGUAGAUAACUUAUUAAAAAAUAAAACAAUACAUGAUGUGAGCAGUGGAUAUCAUCAUAUCGCUUUUAUUUCAAAAGAUGGAGAAUUAUUUACUUAUGGAGAUAAUACGUAUGGGCAAUUAGGUAAUAAUAUAAUCAAUAAAGAUGAUUAUAUAGAAGAUGUUGAUAAAGAAAAAUGUAGCAAUAUAAAUAACUAUAAAAUAAAGAAUAAAAAAAAAUAUAAAGUAUAUAAAGUGGAUGUACAAAAUGAUAUUGUUAAAUGUGUUUAUUGUUCUGAAAAGUAUACAUUAUAUUUAACUAUUGAUGGUUUAUUAUAUGGUUUUGGUUUAAUAAAUGAACAUUUUAUUAAAGGAAAAAUGAAUAAAAAUAAAAUAGGGAAAAUUUUAACGAAGCCUCAUCAUAUACAUACAAACAAUAUAGCUUUUAAAAAAAUUUCUAUUGGUAUAAAUUUUAUUCUAGCUAUAAAUUUUAAUAAUUUUAUAUAUUCGUGGGGAGAAAAUAAUAAUGGUGUUUUGGGGCAUAGUAAUUGUAUUGAUUCUUAUGAACCUAAGAAAAUUGAAAAUUUGAUUAAUGUAAUAUUUAUUAGUGCUGGUAAAGUAAGUUUAUGUAAAACAAUAGAUGAAGAAAUAUAUAUUUGGGGAGGUAAUUAUGGUAAUAAACCUAAUUUAAUUAAAAAUAAAUUUGAUGAUAUGCAUAUAAAUAAUAAUUUUAUUAUUGGAUUAUGUGGGAAAAAAAAUAUAUGGGUAAAAAAUAUUGAUAAUUUUUCUCAUGGUUAUUAUAUUAAUAAUUUAAAAAUAAACUUAUUAUGUUCAUAUGAUAAUUUAAUUAUAGGAGUAGAAAAUUACGAAGAAGAAAAUGAUUUAAAUGGAAAAACAAGUAUUAUACAACAUAAAAGUAAACAAAAUUGCAAUAAUUUAAAUACUCCAGUGGGAAUUACGGAAAAUGGAGUAAAUAUAAGAAAUAAUCCAAUAGAUAUUGUAAAUAAUUACAUAUCAUUAUCCAAUGAAAAUAAUAAUAGUAAUAAUAUCAACAAUAAUAUGAAUAAUAACAACAUUAAUAAUAAUAACAAUAAUAGUAAUAAUGGCAAUGACAAAAACAACAAUAAUAAUAAUAAUAACAAUAAUAGUAGUAAUGACAACAACAACAACAGCAACAACAAUAAUAAUAAUAAUAAUAGUAUUAAUGAUUUAUCAGAAAAUAAUAAAAGAGCAAUGAAUGAUAAUUUGAAUAUGAAUGAUGGUAAACAUCAUGCCUAUAAAGAUAGUAUUAAUAUAAAUGAUUUAAAUUGUAUAAAAAAUAAUAUUGUUUUAAGUAAUGCUAAUAUUAAUGAAUAUAAUGAUGAGUGCAAUAAUACAAAUGAUAAUAAAGGAGAAAAAAUAUUUAAUGAAAAUAAUAAAGAUAUUUACAAUAUUGAAAAUAAUAAGAAACUUGAAAGUGAAUAUGAUUCUGCAUAUAAAGGAGUAUUUUGUGAUACAGAAACGGAUUUUUUUAAUGAAAAAAAAGACUCCAAGUUACCUAUAAAUAAUAGUGAAUGGGAAAAAAAAAAUAUGAAAAAUUUUUUAUUGAAUGAUAAUUUUAACAGAAAUUCGAAAAGAAUACCAUUGAAAGAAGAAUUAAAUAGAAAUGGAGAAUUGAAUAUGCAAUAUCCUUCCAUAAUAAACAAUAGUGAUCUUAGUGAAGAAAAAAAAAAAAUUUAUAUAAAAGAAAUGGGAAAAGAUAUUACUAAUAUAAAUUGUGUUAAUAACAUUCAAAGUAACAAUAAUAACAAAAAUGAUCUAAAUAAUUCUUCUUUAGAAUGUAUAGAUAACAAAAAGUAUAGUACGAAUUAUGAUACAACAUGUAAAGAAAGUAUAGCUAUGGAACGUAAAAGUAAUCAAAACAAUAAAAUUUAUGCAAAUUGUUCUUAUGAAAUAAAUGAAGAUCAAAAUAAAAAAGAAAAUGAAAAUAGUUAUUUAAGAAAUGUUGAGUCAAAUAUAAAAAAUGAUUAUUAUAAUGAAAUAGAAAUAAAUGAUAAAUAUAUGGAAAGCUUAGAAGAUAAUUUAAGAGAUAAUUAUGAGAGAAAACAUGAGAUGGAAAUGGAAGAUGAAUAUUACGAUGACGAAUAUGAAGAUGAUAAUAAUUUUUAUGAUGAAAAUGAUUUUAAUAGUUUAAGUCAUAGAAAUAUAAUUAUUAUUAAUAAAAAAGUAACUGAAAAAGAUCAAUUUAAUUUAAAAUCCUCUUUAAAGAAAUGUUCCAGUAGUGAAGGAAUAAAAAAAUCUGUGUCUUUUUCAAAUUAUGUAUAUGAUUUGGCAAAAAAUAAUUACGAAUUAAUAAAUUUAAAUUCAAACGAUGAAGUUAGUUUAUCAGAAGCAGAGAAAGAAAAUAGAAAAUUCUCUUAUGAUUAUGAUAUAAAUGAAUUUUCUAAUAAUUGUCAUUAUAAGAUUCAUAACAGUAGUGAUGAGGAUAAGACAAUUUUUAAUAUAAAUAAAAAUCAAAGUAAUUUAAAGGAAAGAGUAGAUGAGGGAAAAAUAUCAUUAAAUGAUUUUCAAAAUAAUCCUAUUAAGGAUCCUAUUUUUACUGAUAAAUUAAAUGAUGGUACUAGUUUUCAAGAAAGAACUAAUGAAUAUAUAAAAGAACAUAAAUUAUGUAGUAAAAAUAUAAACAUUGUUGAAAAGGAUUUAAUAGGCCAUAAGCACGAUUUAUUAAAUGAUAUAUCAACAGAUCCCGAGGAAAAUUAUCCUUCAUAUAAAGAUAAAUUGGAAGGAGAAAAAGAAAAUAAAAGCACGGGGACUCAUAGAAAAGUUGGCAAUAUUGAUAAUUUAGUAAGUAACAAUUCAAAUGAAUUUCUUGAUUUGUGUAACUUAAAAGAUAAUGAUAAAGGAACUAUAAAUAAAUUAAGUAAUGAAAGAUUAAAAAGUGAAUGUGUUCAUAAUAAUGAUAAAUCUAAAUAUAAAAUGGCUGAUCAAGAAAAAGAACACGAUUUAGAGUAUAUAAAAGAAAAUAAUAAUUCCUAUUUAAAUACAGAAGAAACACAUAUGGUUGAUAUAAAUUUAGAUAAAAAUAUAACGAAAAUUGAAAAAAAUGAUAAUAUAUAUUCUGAAAGUUGCAUAACUACUGAUACAAAAUCCUUAUUAAAGGAAUGUCAAAAAAGUAGCAUAUAUAAUUAUAGGGAUAGUAGUUCAUAUGAAUGUCAUAAAAAUGAUAAUAUAAAUAAGAAUUAUACAAAUAAUAAGAUAAGUGAUACUAAGAAAAAUGCAAAUAAUAGUUAUAACGUUGAUGUUUUAUCUGGAGUAGAAUGUCCUGAUAAUAUUCCUUCUUAUCCUAUGAAUAAAAAGGAGAAUAUACAUUUUUUAAACAACAAAAAGUACUAUAAUUGCAAAACUGAAAAUUCUCAUUUAAAUAUAAAUUCUAAUAAUAAUAUAAAAAAGGGGUUAGAUGAAUUUAAUUUUUUUUGUAAUAAUAAUAAUUCUUUCGAUAAUGACUUUGCACAUAACUCAAUAAAUUGUGUUAAUAUAGAAGAAAAGGAGAAAGAAAAUUUAAAAAAAAAUGAAAAGGAAUGUGAUGAAAUAAAUAACAAAAAAAGAUCCAAUGAUGAUACAAUGAAUAUGAAACUUUGUAAUAAAGAAUUAAAUAAUGAAAAACAACAUAAUGAUAGAAAUAAUGAAAAAUAUUAUAAUGAAGGAAAUUUUGAAAAUUAUUUUAGUGAAGUACAUAAAGAAAAUGAGCAUGGGAAAAUGGGAAUUUAUGAAAAUACAUAUUGUAAGGAUACAAAUGAAGAAAUAAAGUAUGUUGAAGAGAGAAAAAAAAUAAAGAAUAAUGUAAAAAAAAAAUCUAAUAAUAUUUUAACAAGUAAAGUAAAUGCAACAAAAAUAAGUAAAUUAAAGUCUAAGAUAGUAAAUACAGUAGAUGCAAAUGAUAGUAAUAGUUAUGUAUCUCAUGAGAAUAAUAAAAUGAAACUUGUUAAGAAUAAUAAAAAAGAUGUGAAUGAAUAUAGAGACAAAAAUAAGAGCGAUUACUUUGAAUAUAUAUUUCUAAGAAAAUUAAAGAGAAAUUUAAAAAAAAAUAAAGAAUGUAAUUAUUAUGAAAUGAGAAAAAUAAAAAAUGUUUUAGGUUUCAUUAAUAACGAAGUAAUCAAUAUGAAUAAGAAGUUAAAAUUAAAAUCAACUAUAAAUAAAAAAAUGAAAAAUAACAUAAAUAAAAUGCAAAAUUUUUGUAAAAUCUUAAAAAAAAAUGACAAGGAUUCGAAACUAGAUAAAGCAGCAAUAAUAGCAAAAGAAAAAAAUAGGAAAUAUUUAAAAAAAGAAAUUAGCAAUUUAAGUUGUAAAAGUAGACAAAUAAAGUAUAAUAGUGGAAAAAUAAAUAAAUCCAAAUUAACUUUUAAUGAAAACAAAACUUUUAUUACUACUGCUACUACAACUAAUAACAAUAACAGUAAUAUUUUACAACACCUAGAAGGAGAAAUAUAUAAUAAACAAGAGGAUAAUGAGAAGGAAUUUAAAAAUACCAAUAUAAAUAGAAAUGCAUUAAUUAGUAAAAAAAAGGAAACCUUAACAUUAGAUCAUAACAAGGAAAAAAAGAUUAAAGCAUUACUUGCUAUGGAUAACAAAUCAGAUAAUAAUAAUGGUAUUAUUAAACAAAAUAAUUUGAAGAGAAAUUUAAGUGAAGGUAAUAUAACAAAAUUAAGGGCUUCUAAUAUAGGAAAGAAAAGGAGUUUAAGUAAUAAAGAACGAAUUAUGAAUAACAAAAAUAUGGCAAAUGAUACAAAAAAAUAUAUUUGCGUAAAAAAUGAUAAAAAUAAAUCAGAGAAAAAAAAAAAUGAUUAUCAAAAUAAACAAAUGUUUAUGUCAUGUUUAAGUGUGAAUACGUUAAAUAAGAAUUAUGUAGAUUGUAAUAAUAAAAAUGAAUGUAGUGAAAAAAAAAUUGUAUCGAAUAUAAAAAGAAAUGUAUCCGCAUGUAAUAUAUCAGAUAUUAGUAAUAAUAAAAAUUAUUUUUUGAACAAUUAUUCUAAAUUAAAAAAAAGUGAUUAUUUUUCUGAUUCUGAUAAAAUACCAAAUACUUCUAUUUAUUCAAACAGUUAUAAGUCAAAUAAUAUUAGUAAUUAUGAUUACAGAAAUUUAUAUGAUGCAUAUAGUAGUUGUAAUGAUAUAUUAGAAAUGGAGAAGCAAAAAUUUAGAAUAAAUCCUUUAUCAUUUCAAGAAGUUAAAAACUUAAAGAAAGACGAAUUAACAAUUUCAUCUAUUUCAAAUAUAGCUAGUAAAGAAGGAAAAAGUGCUUCUUCAACAUAUACUAGCAAUAAUAAUAUUAAAAUAUGUACACAUGAAGAUAUUUCUAAUGAAGAAAAUGCAAAUAAAAGUAAUCAAAAUUUUCACAUGAAUUAUUCAGAAGAUACAUUUAAUGUUUAUGGGGGAAAGUUUAAAGCCUUUAAUUCUGUUAAAUUAAAAAAUAAGGAUAAUAAUGAAUAUAAUAAAGUACAAUAUGAUAAUUAUGAUAAAGAAUAUAGUAGUGAAUGCGAUGAUGAAAAAUAUGAAAUGAAUCAUAUAUGUAAUAGAUUAUUAAAAAAAAAAAGAAAAAAACUUUUAAAUGAAAAAAAAUUAAAACAGUUAAAGGAUAUUACUGAAAAUAAUACAACGGAUCACUCCAUGAAAUUGGACAAAGAAAAUAAUUUAAAAAAAGAUAAUAAUAAUUUGUAUGAUAAUAAAUUUAAAACAUAUGAAGUACAUAAAAAUAAUGAAAAAUAUCCAAUAAAUAGAAAUUCUAGCAUAAAUAAUAAGAAAAAAUCUAGUGAUAUUAAAAAAGUAAGUAAAAAAGGAAAUGAAGCAUUAUAUAUUUAUGAUGUAAAUCGUAGUAAACAAAAUAUUUUUUUUAAUAGGAUGCCACAAAAAAAAUAUAUAUUAUCUUCUAAUAAUAACAAUAACAAGGAAAAAAAUUUUGAAAAUUCAAUAAUUCAAAGUAAGGAGUAUAAUAAAAAUGAAAAAUUUGGAAACAAUGAUAAGAUGAAAAAAAUAGAAAAUAAGAAAUGUAAUGAAAACGAAAAUAAAAUUGUAGGAAAAGUUCUUUUAGAUAAAAAGAAAAAUAAUAAAAGUAUACUAUUGAAAAAGUUACAAAAUAAAAUAAGUUGUAUGAAGGAUGAUAUAAUAAAUGAGAAAAUUAAAGAAAAAAAAAACUUAAAGAUACAUGAUAAAAAUUCAGAUUAUUCAGAUAACAUUAAUUAUAAUGAGACUAAAAAUAUAAUGAAUAUUCCGAAUAAUGAAAGCGAAAAUGCAAAUGAUGAAAGUUGUAAAUAUUAUUUAUUAAACGUAAAAGAAAAAUUAAAGAAUAAUUUAAAAAAAAGAAGGCAUAAAAAAUAUGUUAAUAAAAUUUAUAAAACUAUGAAAUAUAUUUUUAAUGAAUAUAAUGCCAUGAAAAAAGAAAAAGAGGAUGCUAAUAAAAGAAAUGACUACUUAAAAUUCUUAUUAGAAAGUACAGUAGCAAAGACUAAUGAAAUGCUAAGAAUAAAUAAAAAUUCUUUUCAGUUAUAUAUAGAUAAAAUGCAGAAGGAAAAUUUGAUUUUAAAAAAUGAAUUAGAUGAAGAAUCUUAUCAGCAUCAUUAUGAUUUGCAACAAUUAGUUAAUAAAUUAACCAAUAUGGAAAAAAUAAAAGAUUAUAUUAUUUGUCAGAAUGAAGAAUAUAACAAAAAAAUAGUAAUAUUAGCUGUAGAGUACGAUAAAUUAGAAAAAAAAAAAAAUGAAUUACAUAAAAUCGUUGAUAAGUACAAAUUAAAUCUAGAAAAAGAAAAAAAAAAAAAAAAGUAUAUUUUAAGAAAAAUAGAAGAUUCUCUUAGAGUAUGGGAAACAGAUUACAAUGAGUUAAAAGAAAAAUAUAAUUCUAUAAAAAAUAAUAAUGAUGAACUUAUAAAAAAUAAUGAAGAAUUAAAGCAAGAAACACUUAAAUUAAAAGAAGAAUUAUACAAUAAGGAUGUUAUCAUCAACAAAAAAAUUGAAAAAAUUAAUAAUCUAAAUAUGAAUUAUGUUUCAUUAAAAAAUGAUUAUAAAAAUAAUGUAAGUGAUAACAUGUACACCAAUAAGACAUAUGACGAUCUUUUGUCUAAAUAUGAAAUAAUGGAGGAGUUCUUUAAAAAAAAUACAGAAAAAUUAGAGAAGGAACUAUUGGAAAAAGAAAAACAAAUUCAAACUUUCGAAAAAGAGAAAAAAGAUAUUCAAGAUAAAUAUUUGGAUAUUUCAAAAAAUGUAACUACAUUAAAAAAUAAAUUAAAAAAUUUGAAAAAUUACAAAUGUAAUGGUAGUUCAUUAGAAAUAUUUUUAGAAAGUUCAAUUGAUAUUAUUUUUAAAAACUUAGAUAAUGUAGAAGAGCUUAAGGUAAAUGAAAAUUUAAAAAAUAAAAUUAUUAAUAAUAUAAAAAGCUUCAUGACUAAUGAAAAUUUUCUUAAAAUGUAUAAUAGUCAUAACAGUAAUUUAAAUAUUAAUAGUAAUGUCAAUAGUAAUAACAUAGAUAAUAGUACAACUAACUAUAUUAAUAAUGAAAGUGAUAUUGAAUCAAAUAAUAAUGUAAAAAACCUAAAUGAAAAAAAUUUAAAUAUUUUUAAUAUUCAGAAUAAAUUUAUGAAAAAUAAAAAAAUUAAAAAAACAGUAGUAGAAGAAAUGAAGCAAAUUCUAUAUUUAUUAGAAAAAAAGAAAAAUUAUAAAUAUGAAGAAAAAAUAGAUGAAUUACAAUCAGAAAAAUAUGUAGAUGAUACAGUAGAAUUAUUGAAAAAUAAUACAAUUAAUAAUAAAAAUACAAUUACAAAAAAGGCACAUGAAAGAACACCUAGUGAAAGUAAUGGCAUUAUAGAUGAAAAAAAAAAAAAGAAAAAAAAAAAUAAUAUUAAUCACAAAGAAAAAGUAUUUAACUACGAUAAUGAACAAGUAACAUAUCUUAGAAAUAAAAUUAACGAGUUAACUGAGUUAAAUAAAAAAAAUAAAAUAAAAAUAAUAGAUGAAAAAAUUCACAAAAUAAAAGAAAAUUUUGAAAAUAACUGGCAAAUAAUAGGAAUAUGUGAAGAUGAAGAUACAGAGAAAAAAAAAGAUGAUGACAAUAAUAAAAGUGAAAUAAAUAAAGAAUUAAACAAAAUAAACAAUAAACCCACUUUUCAAAAUUCUAAAAAAAGAUAUAUAAAAACAAAGAUUAAAAACUUACAAAAGAAUAAUAUAAAUGAACUUUUAGAAAAUUAUUCAAAGAAUAAUACAAUAGUAGGAAAUACAAUAAAUGAUUUAUUGGAUCGGAAUACACAAGGUGAGAAAUAUAAUGAUUUUAAAAAUAAUAUAAUAAAAAGUACACACAAAGAAAAUGAAGAUAAUAAAAAUAUAUCAAAAAAAAAUGCACAAUUAAAGGAAAUUAUAAGCAAUGAUUUUUCUUCAUUACAAAAUGAAGUUUUAACAAACAAAAAAGAACAUUUAGGAAGAAUGGCAAAGAUAAAUGAUAUGGUUCAGGAAAAAAGUAUCAAUAAUGAUAUGAAAAUUCUUUUAAAUGGUACAAAAAAAAUAAAUUCAAAUAAUUUAAAAGGUCAAGGUGUAAAUAAAAAUUCCAAAAAAAAAAAAUCAUUUAAUGCUAUUUUAGAUAAGAUUUUUGAUACACCAAUAGAUCAUUCAUCUAUUAAUGAAAAUAUGUUAAAUAUUCAGAAUUUAAUUGAGAGUAAUAUUAAAAACAUUUUCAACACUCAAGAUUAUUAA